AAUAGUGAUUAAAUGAUGAAGCUUAAGGACUUUGGAGCAUACAGCCAUCGGCUCAAAUUGUCUAUUUUAAUGUUCUUAAUUAUAUAUUUAAAUAGAGUCCACAAACAGCCAAUAUUUUUGACCUGCGGGGCUGCUAUGGUUACCAUCAUGUCUGAAGAUGGGCAAAGCAAUUGCAUGACAAGUCGGAGGAACUUCAUACAGAGGUUCAGCAGCCUGAUGGCAGUAAGUUCCACUUGCAACUCCUUCCGUAAUGUUUAUAACAAAACCAAGGACAAGUAUCCUGUUGUUGCAUCAGUUUGGGAGGUUUCUGAGAAAGGAAUAAAGAGAACCGCAGUUAUAGCUCUGAAAAGCAUCCGACCAGUUCUUGAGAAGCUUCAACCUCAAAUUGCAGUUGUCAAUGAUUAUGCCUGUAAAGGACUUGACCAUCUCGAGGAGAAAUUUCCUGUAGUUCACAAGGACUCCACAAAAAUUGCAUCUGAUCUGAAAGAAAUGGCAGUUGGGAAGAUGAGAAGCAUAAAGGAUAAAGUCACCAAUCCUUUCCUUCAUGUCUCUGACAAAGCAGUAAAUGUGGCCGUCUGCAGAUUUGAGAAAAUGAAAGUCUUUGUUAACGAAAGUGUGAUUUUGGUCCUGAGCAGUGGAAUUGGAAGAUCAAUAACCAACAACAUGAAUGCUGCUUUAUCCCGAUCGCAGCAGCGAGCUGACUUUUAUUUGCCAAGUGAAGAUGGAAAUGAUGAGGCUAUACCUAGUGAAGAAACCAUCAACUCUUCCAAGUUGCCAAUCGGGAAAUACAUGAAGGUGCAUCUUUUGGUCUCUAAACUCUACAACCAUACCUACAAACACAUUGUGAUGUUUGUUCAAAAUGCAGAAAAGAAAGGAAUAGCUACUCUUGGGCCAGAGGUUUGUCCCACGGGAACUUCGGCCAAAGAAAACCCGGAAAUUGCCAGCAUCAAUUCAAAGGCACAGGAUUUGGUCAACAGAUGGGUAUUAAGCUGGUUGCUGACCAGCACUAACGGUCUGGAAGGAGAGCAAAAGGAAGGUGCAAUUGUGGAGCCUGAAGUUCUUGAUCUUUGUAGGAACUUCCAAAGUAUUUUUGUUACCAACUUAAAUAAAAUAUCAAAUGUUGCACAGAUGAAGAUGCAGCAAGUUUUCGCUACUGUUCAGAAGUUGAACCAACAGCUUUGGUCCAAUAAUCUUAUCAUCUUCCUGGGCUGUUUUAUAUCCCAAAUAAAAGGAAAAUUGUGGGAUGCAUGGGAAGCCCUAAUUGUGAAGAAAGAUCAUGUCCUAAGCUAUCUUGUCAGUAUCUUGCUGCUCCCUGGAAUGUCUGCAGAGGAGGACGAGACAAAGUUUGAAAUGGGAGUGAAUAGAAACCGAAGCUGGAGAUCUCUUGUGCCAAGACCAGCCAAGGAGGGAAUAAUGGCACAAAUUUCUAAAUCUCCAGUCUCCCCAGGAAGAGAGGCUGACUCUACAUCUCGUGAAAAUUCAAAUCCUACAACUGUAAUAGAAUCAGAAGGUGUAACCUCUGCAAGUCUCAACUUGGGACAGAAUGACCUGGAAGAGACAUGCCCAGAGUCUAUGAUCUGUAAUGAACAUUUACAGAAAGACCUUGAGCAAGCUGAAGUGUCAGUGUUCCAGGAGAAACAAGGGGAGUCCGGGCUAAGGUGUCCUAAACCAUCCUAAUUUUGGAACAACCGGAGUAAGCCAGUGAAUUAGAUGCGGCAUUGGUCCAACUUGGCAUGACGUAGCAGUGAGCAAUCAAAAACAUAGAAAUGAUCAUUGUGAGCAAGCACUCUUCUCUAACAAAUACUUGGCUAGAGAGUUGGUCAAAAUCUACAGCUUCUAUCUCGACUAUAUCACUAACAAUCAGUUUAAAUGCUGUUGUUAAAAUAUCUGACUUCUGUAGUGUUCUUAAAAUUGAAGAGGUUUCACUAAACUUAUCUGCUUAAGUGACAUCUUUUGUAUUAUUUGCAGAACUAAGCACCAGCUGGUGGGUGGCUGUGCAGUUAUGAAUGGAAUCAUCACAGCCUCGUCAAGGAAGGGAACUGAUGCAAAUAUUUAUAAUGUGGGAGCAGGGCUGAACAGGGUAGAGUUUUCUGCUUCACUUUGAGAGGCAGGAUGUAACUAUUUGCAGAAUCUAACCUCAGGAGAUGAAAUGGCUGAGUCAGAUCCGUGACUUGCACACAGACCUGGAAGGGAUUCAGCUUGAUGACUUGCCUCUCAGCUUUGUCAUGGUGGCGCCUUAAAUGUAAAUGACAUUCCUGAUCAUGUUUUGCAUAAGUGUCCAUAAUGAUGGGCAGGUUAAUGUUGUGUGUGACUGCCAUUUGUAUCUUUAAUGUGCAGGUUUUUUCCUGGGCUUAAGAAAGAAUAAAGAACUGGGUGGGUUGCGCUUCGGCGGGUCGGUGUGAACUUGCUGGGCCGAAGGGUCUGUUUCCACACUGUAAGUAAUCUAAAUCUAAAGUACUCCAAAUCUAAUCUAAAUCUAAACUGUGAAUGCUGGAAAUCCGAAACGAAACCAGAAAUUGCUGUAGAAGAUCAGCAGGUCUGCCAGUGUUCUGUGGAGAGAGAAAUAGUUUUGGGCCCAGUAAGAACUGAAACAUUUGGCUGUGCUUUCACUCCAAAGAUGCUGCCAGACCUGCUGAGUUUUUUCUAAACUUAGUACACUGCCUAACAAGAAGUCUUGUACAGCAAAGAAGAUAUAAUCAAUUGCACCUUGGCAACUAUUUACACAUUUGAAUGGGCUCUACGUUAUUGCAAAGAUUGUUCUGAGGACCUUCACUUUGUUCUGUUUGCCCCAAGAUCCUAUUUACCCUUCCUGUCAAGUACAUCCUCAUGAUGUUGUUCACAAUGAGUACCACCAAAUUAAGUAUGAAUUAUUUUUCAGGAGCUUGCAGAUCCAGGCAUAGCAAUUACAGCAGUUCCAGUAUCUACCUAAAGUAUUUAAGGUGCAUUUAUUACCCUUUCUUCAGGCAGGGAGUUCUAGACCUCCUGCACAUUAGGUUUCUUAAAAGAACUCUCUCCUCAGUUCCCCUCCAACUAAUGAGUUCAAAUCUCUUCCCCCUUUAGAUAUUGACCCUCCCUUUCUCCUUAUCUAGGCCUGGUAUAACUGCUCCAUCUUGAUUUAAAGUCUCUCCUUAGUUUGCUCUGUUCUAAAGAAAGCAACCCAAUAGAAUUUCCUCAUCUGUAAAUCCCAAUGAAGGAGAUCAGGAGAGAUGGCUUUUGAUGCUGCUCACCAUGAUGAGAUUAACCUUUUUUAAAUGUUGCUGAUGCUGUUCAGUGUAUUAAUGUGCACAGUAUUACUUCACCUUGUUGACACUGCAAUAAAGGAGUGGCUGGAA